AUGGCCAAUGGCGACGGCAAAGACUUCCCUGGCCAGUUUCUUGAGAACAAGACAAUCGUUGUCGCGGGGGCAGGCCUAGCAGGCUCUGCUUUUGUUGUCGGCCUUCAGAAACUAUGGGAUCCGAAGCUCGGGCCGCCAAACAUCAUCAUAUACGAGCGUGAUGCGCAAGAAUUCGCUGCCCAGAGAGAGACGUACAAUCUAUCUCUAACGGGAUAUGACAACACCGGGGGCCUCGUCGCGUUGAAGAAGCUCGGACUGCUUGACAAAAUCCUGGGACAAGCUGCCUCAGGACUUGAUGGUGCUGGGGCUUUCAAGAUAUGGGACCCCAAGUGGACGGAGCAGGUUGCUUUCAGGAGGAAGCCCACCCCCGGGAUCCCAUCAUCCAGCGUCCGGAUUGCUCGAGAAGAUGUCCGCCAAGUCCUCCACAACUCGAUCCAUCUCAGCGAUCAAUGUGUCGUCCACUGGGAGUCACAAUGCGUUUCUGCAACGAAACUCUCUGAUGCUCGUCUAAGGGUCCAAGUGAUGAGCGCAGAUGGCGCCGUGAGCGAACAGGACUGCGACAUCCUCAUAGCUGCUGAUGGGGCAAGCAGCAAGCUUCGACAAAGCCUUCGCCCAGACGAUACCCUGUGCUACAACGGCGCAGUUCUCAGAGGAGGAGUGGCGAUGUUUGAAGAGUCUUUGCCGCCGCAGCUGAGUGAGGACUGGGGCUUUGUCGUCUCCCGCACCGGCGUGUCUGCCUUUGUUUCUCCCAUCGACAAGCAUAGAAUCCUGUGGACUGUUGGCCAGAGGGAGGACAAGGUGCCCAGUCUGGAUCGUGGCUCGCUCGACCAAGCCCAGGCUGUGAUUGACGAGAGUCUUGAGCUGGCGUCGCACAUUGCCGAGCCCUUUGCCAGCAUUGUCAAGCGAACAGAUCCCAGGACAGUGCUGCUCUUGAACUCGCGAGACAAGACGCCGUUUCGUCACAGCGAGAUCCAGGCUGUACCCGCCAUCUUUAUUGGCGACAGCAACCACGCGCUCAGCCCAUUUGCAGGGAUUGGGGCCAAUCUGGCACUGGCGGAUGGAUGGGAACUGGCGAAGCAGCUGUGCAAGCACCGAAGCCUGGAGGAAGCCGUCAACUCAUAUGAUAGCGUCAGCGUGCCGAGAGCGGCUCAGAGCCUGAAGCGGUCGAGACGAGUCAUCAAGACGGCGCAUAGCACUGGCUGGCGGUAUUAUUUGUUUUGGUGCAUGUUGUUUGUGGGCAAGUUUGUGCGAUGGAUAUCGAGCAAGAUGGCGGGCAGGUAA